UGAAUCCUGCUUUUACCGCACGCUUUUCCACCAUUUCCUCCACAAAACUCUCGUAUCUCUCUCUUUCUCACAUCAUGAACUCAUUCAUAAACACAGACACACACACACAGCGCUCCAAGUUCAGCAUUUAAAUUGCGUCGAUUCCUCAGACGAAUUUCAUUUUGAUUAUUUCUUUUGUUCUUUCCACAGUCCACAGCUCACCAACUUAUUUGAUCGGAGACCGCAGCUCAAGUUUCCGAGCUUUGGUUUAGAUUUUACGGCUGGCUUAUCUGACCUGGUUGCAGAAAGUAACCCAAACAAGCAGCACUAAAGGGAUCUGCUCUUCUAGGCUGUACUAGCUAGUUGAAUUCAAGUGCUAUCUAUCUGCUUAGCCGGCCUACGUAUAGCUCUCAGCUUUAUUUGGAAAAUAAGGAGCUGGUCUUUUUUGGGUUCUGUAACUGUCACUGUUGGUUUGGCUGUUGUUUGACCAGCAUAGAAGACUGUGCACAGCGACAAGGAGCAAGCACCUGUAUGAAUCUGAUCGAGAACAUUUGUAACCGAUGAGUCUCAGACAACUCGAUCGAGACUCGGUUCGUACUUGUAGUUGAGAGAUAUAUAUUUAUAUAGUUAUAUAAAGAAAGCUGGCAAAUAAGUGGUGGGAGAGAAUAGAUGUGGCGAUGGCGGGGUACAAUGGCAGAUCAGAAUAUAUGCAACUCUUCCGUCCCGAACUGCACCUCCAGAGACCACCGUCACCGUCCAUCUCUGUUCCGCCGCAGCAACAACAACCUCAACCUUCUUCCGAUUCUCAACAGCAAGAAGACUCGCCCGAAGGAGACCAAGAACACAAGAUCGAGUCCGACACCGCCGCCACAAGUUCCGGAGGCGGCGGUGGCGGUAGCGGUGGGGGUUCAGGACGUCGUCCGCGGGGGCGUCCGGCGGGGUCAAAGAACAAGCCGAAGCCGCCGAUCAUUGUGACGCGCGACAGCCCCAACGCGCUCCGCUCGCACGUGCUGGAGGUUUCUGCCGGGACAGACGUGGUGGAGAGCGUGUCCCACUACGCGAGGCAGGGGAGGGGAGUGUGCGUGCUCAGCGGCACCGGCACCGUCGCUAACGUCACCUUGCGUCAGCCGGCGGCGCCCGUGGGGAGCGUGGUCACUCUCCACGGGAGGUUCGAAAUACUUUCGCUCUCGGGGACGGUGCUUCCCUCCGGCCCCCCGGGCUCCGGGGGACUGUCGAUUUUCCUGGCGGGCGGGCAGGGUCAGGUGGUUGGGGGCAGCGUGGUGGGCCCACUACUGGCUUCGGGGCCGGUUGUUUUGAUGGCUGCGUCGUUUGCGAAUGCGGUGUUUGAGAGGCUGCCAUUGGAGGAGGAAGAGGCAGCGGGCGGUGGUGGGUUACAAGUCCAGCAACCGACGGCUUCACAAUCUUCAGGAGUGACAGGUGGUGGUGGUGGUGGUGGAGGACAACAUCAGCAGCUUGGUGAGGGAAGCAGCGGCGGUCUCUUUAAUCUGGGAGGGAACAUGGGGGCGGGGAGCUAUCCGGCGUUUUCGGGAACUGAUUUGUACGGGUGGGGUAGCGGCGGAGCUACUCAUCCGCGGCCUCCGUUUUAGUGCUACGUGGUUUGAGUGAGAGUGAAUGUUUGGUGUUUUGGAAUAAGACAUAUAUAUGCAUGAGAGGAUCGAUCUUUGAGCAAAAAUGAAGCGAGGUAUGCCAUCAGAUUCAACAAAUUUCUUGGAUCCAAGGGAAAAUUAAGCUCCUUCGCUCCAUAUUCACUGAGGCUUUGGUUUAGUACUUUUCAGUCACAGGAAGAACAAGGUCAGUAAGUUGAUUAUAGAUUAUCAGAGUUCUUUCCCGAGUACUUUCUUCAUUAAUAUCGUCAGACAGUUCUAUAAAUGAUAGUUGUAUAUUGUGGUAAACUGCUGAUGUCAAGUUUCUAGGGUUUUAUCAAUCAAUUUCAUGACUCUUUUACCUCUGAAACCACUAAUACUUCAUUAUCGAUCAUAUAUAAAUUGUGUUAUUCAGUUUUUGUUGCCAAA